AAUAACCAUAGGCUAGCUGGGAGUAGGCCUUCACUUCCGGGUGUGGCAAGAUGGCGGAGGCGCAUGCGCAGAGCACUGGGCUGGAAAGACGCGACUAGGUGUGACCUCCGGUGACCCGUGCCGCCUCUCUUCUUCCCGCCAUGGAGGUGAACCCCGCCAGCAUGGUGUGGAGCCCGGGCCUGGAGGAUGCCUCCCUCCCGGUGGCCGGCCUAGAGGUGAAGCUGGGGUCUCUGGUGACGCUGCUUCUCCUGACCCUCAUCAGUGGCCUGGCCCCCCUCUUCCUCUUCAGACGCCAAGCUGCCCCCGACAUCUUGGGCGGGCGGCGCAGAGCGCUCAGUCUCAUCAGCUGCUUCUCCGGGGGCGUCUUCCUGGCCACCUGCCUCCUGGACCUGCUGCCCGACUACCUCUCCGGGGUCAACAACGCCCUCUUGAGGAUGAACAUAACCCUCCAGUUCCCGCUGCAGGAGUUCAUCUUGGCCAUGGGCUUCUUCCUGGUCCUGGUCCUGGAGCAGAUUGUGCUGAGUUACAAGGAGCAGCCGGGGUGGUCGGAGGAGACGCACUCCCUCCUGGGCGCUGACUCCAGGAUCCCGCACACAGACCAGCCGCACGUCCACGUGGAUGUCAACGCGCACUCUGCGGUCCGGGCCGUGGUCCUGGUCCUGUCUCUGUCCUUGCACUCGGUCCUGGAGGGUCUGGCGGUGGGGCUCCUGCAGGAGAGCGGGAAGGUGCUGGAGACCUGCCUGGCGCUCCUCAUACACAAGUGCAUCAUCUCCUUCAGCCUGACGCUGAAGCUGGCGCAGGGCCGCCUCCGCCCCCGCGCCAUCCUCUCCUGCCUCCUCCUCUUCGCCUUCAUGACUCCGCUGGGCAUCGGCCUUGGCAUCGUGCUGACAGAGAACGCAGACCCCAUGCACCAGUUGAGCCGCAGCGUCCUGGAGGGCAUCGCCACAGGGACCUUCCUGUACAUCACCUUCCUGGAGAUCCUGCCCCACGAGCUGACCGCCGGCGACCAGCGCAUUGUCAAGGUCAUCGUCAUCCUGUGCGGCUUCUCUGUCAUCACCGCCAUCUUAUUCAUCAAGGUGUGAGGGGCCCCUGACUGAUGCCCCCUCAUGGGUGCCUGCCCCCGUACUGCCUCUGCUGAGCAACUGCAGCCAGUAGUGGUGUGAUAAUACUGCACCCUAGUGAGCAAAGUAUUACUACAUCGACGGUCACUAAUGUAAUACCGCCCCCUGUAGGUAAGAAUACGGCUACACCGCAGUCACUAAUGUAAUACCGCCCCCUGUAGGUAAGAAUACGGCUACACCGGCAGUCACUAAUGUAAUACCGCCCUCUGUAGGUAAGGAUACGGCUACACCGGCAGUCACUAAUGUAAUACCGCCCCCUGUAGGUAAGGAUACGGCUACACCAGCAGUCACUAAUGUAAUACCGCCCUCUGUAGGUAAGAAUACGGCUACACCAGCAGUCACUAAUGUAAUACCGCCCUCUGUAGGUAAGGAUACGGCUACACCGGCAGUCACUAAUGUAAUACCGCCCCCUGUAGGUAAGAAUACGGCUACACCGCAGUCACUAAUGUAAUACCGCCCUCUGUAGGUAAGGAUACGGCUACACCAGCAGUCACUAAAGUAAUACCGCCCCCUGUAGGUAAGAAUACGGCUACACCGCAGUCACUAAUGUAAUACCGCCCUCUGUAGGUAAGGAUACGGCUACACCGGCAGUCACUAAUGUAAUACCGCCCCCUGUAGGUAAGAAUACGGCUACACCAGCAGUCACUAAUGUAAUACCGCCCCCUGUAGGUAAGAAUACGGCUACACCAGCAGUCACUAAUGUAAUACCGCCCUCUGUAGGUAAGGAUACGGCUACACCGGCAGUCACUAAUGUAAUACCGCCCCCUGUAGGUAAGAAUACGGCUACACCGCAGUCACUAAUGUAAUACCGCCCUCUGUAGGUAAGGAUACGGCUACACCAGCAGUCACUAAAGUAAUACCGCCCCCUGUAGGUAAGAAUACGGCUACACCGCAGUCACUAAUGUAAUACCGCCCUCUGUAGGUAAGGAUACGGCUACACCGGCAGUCACUAAUGUAAUACCGCCCCCUGUAGGUAAGAAUACGGCUACACCGGCAGUCACUAAUGUAAUACCGCCCCCUGUAGGUAAGAAUACGGCUACACCGGCAGUCACUAAUGUAAUACCGCCCCCUGUAGGUAAGAAUACGGCUACACCGGCAGUCACUAAUGUAAUACCGCCCCCUGUAGGUAAGAAUACGGCUACACCGGCAGUAACUAAUGUAAUACCGCCCCCUGUAGGUAAGAAUACGGCUACACCGGCAGUCAGUAAUACCGCCAUCUGUCUGUGGCUACACCAGCAGUCAGUAAUACCGCCAUCUGUCUGUGGCUACACCAGCAGUCAGUAAUACCGCCAUCUGUCUGUGGCUACACCAGCAGUCAGUAAUACCGCCCCCUGUAGGUAAGAAUACGGCUACACCAGCAGUCAGUAAUACCGCCAUCUGUCUGUGGCUACACCAGCAGUCAGUAAUACCGCCCCCUGUAGGUAAGAAUACGGCUACACCGGCAGUCAGUAAUAUCGCCAUCUGUCUGUGGCUACACCAGCAGUCAGUAAUACCGCCAUCUGUCUGUGGCUACACCAGCAGUCAGUAAUACCGCCCCCUGUAGGUAAGAAUACGGCUACACCAGCAGUCAGUAAUACCGCCAUCUGUCUGUGGCUACACCAGCAGUCAGUAAUACCGCCCCCUGUAGGUAAGAAUACGGCUACACCGGCAGUCAGUAAUACCGCCAUCUGUCUGUGGCUACACCAGCAGUCAGUAAUACCGCCAUCUGUCUGUGGCUACACCAGCAGUCAGUAAUACCGCCAUCUGUCUGUGGCUACACCAGCAGUCAGUAAUACCGCCAUCUGUCUGUGGCUACACCAGCAGUCAGUAAUACCGCCCCCUGUAGGUAAGAAUACGGCUACACCAGCAGUCAGUAAUACCGCCAUCUGUCUGUGGCUACACCAGCAGUCAGUAAUACCGCCCCCUGUAGGUAAGAAUACGGCUACACCGGCAGUCAGUAAUACCGCCAUCUGUCUGUGGCUACACCAGCAGUCAGUAAUACCACCAUCUGUCUGUGGCUACACCAGCAGUCAGUAAUACCGCCAUCUGUCUGUGGCUACACCAGCAGUCAGUAAUACCGCCAUCUGUCUGUGGCUACACCAGCAGUCAGUAAUACCGCCAUCUGUCUGUGGCUACACCAGCAGUCAGUAAUACCGCCAUCUGUCUGUGGCUACACCAGCAGUCAGUAAUACCGCCAUCUGUCUGUGGCUACACCAGCAGUCAGUAAUACCACCAUCUGUCUGUGGCUACACCAGCAGUCAGUAAUACCGCCAUCUGUCUGUGGCUACACCAGCAGUCAGUAAUACCGCCAUCUGUCUGUGGCUACACCAGCAGUCAGUAAUACCGCCAUCUGUCUGUGGCUACACCAGCAGUCAGUAAUACCGCCAUCUGUCUGUGGCUACACCAGCAGUCAGUAAUACCGCCAUCUGUCUGUGGCUACACCAGCAGUCAGUAAUACCGCCAUCUGUCUGUGGCUACACCAGCAGUCAGUAAUACCGCCAUCUGUCUGUGGCUACACACACAGUAAUUGGUGGAGCUGUUCCUUCAUGGAUGGAAUUUCUCUUUAAUCUCCAAACGCUGAGACUUCUUAGACGGAUUUAACGCCAUGUCUCAUUUUUACGUGCACGCCUCUCGCCCUCCGUGAUUUAAUGAGCACAGGUGUUAGGGGGGGAGGGCGGUCCGCCAGUAAAGGCUUCCCCUCUAAACUACUCAUAGAAUUUCAAUGUGGCCCCAGGAGUGCACCAUGCCGCCCCCUGGUGGUUGGUUUAUACAGCAAUGGAUGAUGAGGGCAGUAGUCUGGAUACCUCCCGCCUGCUGGUAAGAGUCCAGAUCCUCCUCCUUUACCACUAAGCUCCGCCUUCUGUCAUCCGUAACGCAGAUGGCGUUCUCCUCGCUCCCUGAUUAACCCAUCAGAUGUGUAUGAGGGGCCCCCUUAACCCCUUCUUGCUCACAAUGGUGCCAGAAAUGACUAUAUUUGAUAUUUUACUGUAUUUCUAGUGUUUUUUUUACAUGAGGUUUGUUACGGCUUUCAGUCUGUGUGUUUUACUGACUGGAUGUUUGAUGCCAAUAAAUAUCUGCUCUUU